UUUUCCUCGCACCAAAACCCUCAAUUCAACUUAAUAACGAUAACACUCCUGUGUACUCGAAUUUUCAUUUCGAAUCCUGAGAAUCCUAAAAGUUAACUUUUUUUUUUCUCGUUAGUAGCAAUGGAGAGAGUGAACAGAAUUGUGGCAGAAAAGCCAUUGGUGAUCUUCAGCAAGAGUUCAUGCUGCAUGAGCCACACAAUCAAAAUCCUCUUUAAUGAAUUUGGCGUUAAUCCUGCCGUGUAUGAACUCGAUGAAAUUCCAAGAGGUGGAGAUAUCGAGCAAGCUCUGUUAAGAUUCGGUUGCAACCCUGCAGUUCCGGCAGUCUUCAUCGGUGGUGAAUUUGUCGGUGGGGAAAAUGAGGUCAUGAGUCUCCACCUCCGGCAAUCCUUAAAGCCAAUGCUUAAAAGAGCUGGUGCCUUAUGGGUUUAAUUAAAGCCCUACUUCAUGUAUCUGACACUACGAAUAAUGCAUUUUUGUUGCAUUAUGAAUAGUAGGAUAGAUUGUCUGUGUGCUGCAGAUUUGCUAAGAAGCAUUUACUUCAGCUUUUUUUGUGAAGCUGAUAAUGUUUUUCUAAUAAAUUAAUCUCCAGUUUUGAAUAAGUAACUACUUCUGAUCA